AUGAGUCUUGCAAAGGUUCGCGGUAUGUUUGAGGAUGUGAGUAAGCGUCGACGUCGUGGAUGGAAUGGCUCCCAAUACUCGGAAUCUUCCGGUACAAACUUGUUCGACCCCACCCCAUCCUUCUCAACGCAGCAGAGGGACGAAUUCGACAACGAGAACGCCAACAAGCCUCUAUCGGACGCCGAAAUGCUGGAACGAGCUCGAGUCUCUCACAUGAACGUGGAUUUUGAUGCUCUUUCGGCCGGUCCAGAGAAAGGUGGGCCUUGGCAUCGGGUCGAAGCUGCUGAUCGGUUUGUCGUGUUCAAGCGUCCGUCUUCUGCACCAGCAAACGGUAUUCGCGUUCCUGGACUUGAAGUCAUGUGUGCUGGACGACUUGAUGCGAGUAUUGAGGAAGUGGCCAGCGUUCUUCGCUCCAACUCGGAAUUUGAUCUUGCCAGCACCAUGGAGGGGCUUCACGCUAAGAAUUAUAUAUUUGGAUCUCUCGAUCGCGACGUACCGUGCUCAGACGAGCAGCAACAGGAUCAUGAAUCCGACGUGAAUGCCAGUGAACAACUCAACGUCAAGACCAGUAGUUUUAUGCGUACAAAUCUCUUCUCACGCAACGAGCAAUGGUGCUUCACGGACUUUUUCCAACGGAAGAAAGAGCGGGAUGGAUUCACCAUCUCUCAACGUGCACUGCCUCCUUUUGAGCCAACUCCAGGUCGAGUGGUUGGGGAUAAUGCUCGUGUAGAUCAGCUGCACGGUCUCAACGCGUCGUACUUGGUUGACCAGCUUCCGGAUCGAAAGGGGCUUCGAGUCGUCUACAACGCAUGGUUCGAGGACGUGAUCAAAGAUUUUGAGGACUAUUUUACAAAUAGUGAGCGAAGUAUGUCAAGUCGUAGCAGCAGUCGACGGAGGAGCUCCGGUUUGAGUGUCACCUCAACGUCGAGUACGUCCAGUACGCUUCCCGACGAGACCAGUGGUGUUAAAGCUCAGAAACGUCGACUACGGUCGCUGGCUCAUGGUAUCACGAAACUACCGGAGCUUAUUCGACGUAGACGCUUUGGUAUCCAAGUUCCGGCAGACUUUGAAAUGGUACAGGUAGCUAACACACGCUGUCCGUGCUGUACGCACAGUUUGGCUCCAGUUAAGAUGUCAUUGUCUAUGGCAGCUUCGGCUAUUGCAAAGCGAAGUCUUCGCUCGCUUAAAAUGGACACGAGACGUUGCUACCUAUGCGGGUACCUCGUGUGCAUUGACUGCUGGAAUGCAGAGUACAUGGAGAGUACAGUUGGUCGUGUAGCUGCUAUUGUGGUCUGCACUCGGUGUCACGCUUGCGUCAAGGCCUGUGAUUACUCAGAAGUGUGCGAUCCAGACAACAAUACCAUCCACAAAGGACCAGUCAAGGUUGUCGAAGAUAAACGCGACGAUUGUUCAGCAUCUUUGCUAACGGAUUUUCUAGCAGCCUCGUUAGUGAACGAAUCGGCCGGCAGUGCGGACCGUGCGGCCGUGUUGUCUGUUAUUCGGAUGCUUCUCCGCCAAAAUGAAGCCACAGAUACUGAAAGUGAUGAAACCUACGAUGAUAGCGACGACGAAGAUUGCAACAACGAAAACGUUUCGGUGGACGAGCUAGGCAAAUUCUUGAGCGACGAAGACCAGCUACCAGAACUGGAAUCUUGUGUAGUUGCCAGCGCUGAGCGCCGUGAAUACGUAAUUGAUCUACCAGAUGAUCCAACCACAAUGGUACCGUCCAGUGUGAUCCCAACCCAUGAAGACGUUCGUCUCAAAGUCGUCAAUGAUAACGGACUAUUGCUGCUUGCCUACCAGCUAGCACCACUACACUCUAUCCCUGAAUCGUUCGACCACGCCUGUGACGUGCGCGACCUUGACUUGCUGUGCCAACUAGCAGUACGUGCAACAGGCUGCUCCGACUCAUUUGUGACGGUCAUGGGCGUUAAGCACAACCACGUUCUAGCUGCUACAAACCCAGGCUUCCACCACGCUGCGGUGCCUCGAGAACAAACUAUCUGCCAGCAUACUGUCUUGACCACCAGACCGUUCCUGGCGACACACCCAGAGGCCGACGUACGCUUCCACGAGAUCGUGGCGGUCAAGGCGCUUUCAAUCCGAUUCUACGUGGGGUUUCCAGUGACGGUGUCCACACAUGAUGCUUUUGGGAAUGAGGUGGAGAUCCCGGUUGGUACGCUGUGCUGUAUUGACUCAACCGCUCGUGCUGAGCUCACGCGCUCUCAAUACGCAACCAUGAAGCGGCUUACAGACACAGCGUCGAGGUUGCUUCAACUAAAGGGGAAACAACUUCGAGACCAACUUGGUCCGGAGACGACGGUACCAACAUGA